AUAAUCUUCAACUUGUCGGUAUUUCACACCAUUUUCAAUAUAAGGCGUAAGCUGUCAGUGGCCCAUUACAACCCCAACAAGAAUGAGAAGCAGUAGCAACUUGACAGCUUGUAAAGAUGGCUUUAAAUAGACUACAAGAAGAAGCUGGUGCAGCAGCAAACCUUGUGGAAAUGGACUCGGUGCCAGGAGGAUAUGAAUUAGUCAGUCCACAUCGCACUAAUAAGGUGGAUAGUUUGGAUUUAGUAGAACUUGCAAAGGAAAUCCAGAAGGCUGACACUUUUGUACAUGCUAACGUAAGUAAUAAGCUGCAGGUGAUUGCAGAACAAGUGCGCUUUCUUCAGGAACAAGCCAGAAAAGUCCUUCAAGAAGCUAAGGACAAUGCUGACCUUCAUCACAUCCCAUGCAACUUCGUCAAGAAACCAGGCAGCACUUACCAUCUUUAUCGGCGACCAUCUGGCCAAAAGUAUUUCUCCAUUAUCAGCCCAAAGGAGUGGGGAUCAACAUGCCCGCAUGAGUUCUUGGGAUCAUUCCAUUUGGAACACGACCAAUCCUGGACAGCAGAGGAUAAGAUGGAAGAGAGAUUAAAUGAUCAGCAGAUGAUAGACAAAAUUUUGACAUGUUCAAACACCUUAUCUAUAACAUUGAGCAAAAAAUAGACAAGACCUUUAUAGAAGUACAUUACAGGUAAAGGAGGGCCCCUCUUAUACAGAAGGUUAGGCUCCAGGCUACCACUGUAUAGCGAAAAUCACCGUAAGACAAAUCACCCUUUUUUUUCACUUAAAUGCAUAUAAAUGCCUGAUAAUAUGUUUUCACUAUGAUAUAUUAAGUUAGCAGUAGAGCUAGGCAUGAAAAACACCAUAGAAAAGAGUAAGGCGAUGAGGUUAUCAAAUGAUUUAGAUAAAGAAAAAUUGAAUAUCAAAUUGGAGGAGUAUGGAAGAAAUGAAUGUUUCAGAUAUUUGGGAGUUGACGUGUCAGCAGAUGGAUUUAUGAAGAAUGAGGGUAAUCAUAGAAUUGAUGAAGGAAAAAAGGUGAGUGGUGCAUUGAGGUAUAUGUGGAGACCAAAAAAAUGUUAUCUAUGGAGGCAAAGAAGGGAAUGUAUGAAAGUAUAGUGGUACCAACACUCUUAUAUGGGUGUGAAGCUUGGGUUGUAAAUGCUGCAGUGAGGAGGCAGUGGAGAUGUCCUGUCUAAGGGCAAUGUGUGGUGUAAAUAUUAUGCAGAAAAUUUGGAGUGUGGAAAUUAGGAGGUGUGGAGUUAAUAAAAGUAUUAGAGGGCUGAAGGUGGUUUGGUCAUUUAGAGAGAAUGGAUCAAAGUAGAAUAACAUGGAGAGCGUAUAAAUUUGUAGGGGAAGGAAGGCGGGGUAGGGGUUGUCCUUGAAAAGGUUGGAGGAAGGGGUAAAGGUUUUGUGGGUGAGGGGCUUGGACUUCCAGCAAGCGUGCAUGAAUGUGUUAGGAGUGAAUGGAGAUGAAUGGUAUUUGGGACCUGAUGAGCUGUUGGAGUGUGAGCAGGGUAAUAUUUAGUGAAGGGAUUCAGGGAAACUGGUUAUUUUUAUAUAGCCGGACUUGAGUCCUGGAAAUGGGAAGUACAGUGCCAGCACUUUAAAGGAGGGGUUUGGGAUAUUGGCAGUUUGGAGGGAUAUAUUGUGUAUCUCAAUACAUAUAUGCUUCUAAACUGUUGUAUUUCUGAGCACCUCUGCAAAAACUGUGAUUAUGUGUGAGUGAGGUGAAAGUGUUGAAUGAUGAUGAAAAUAUUUUCUUUUUGGGGAUUUUCUUUCUUGUUGGGUCACCCUGCCUCGGUGGGAGAUGGCUGACUUGUUAAAAAAAAAAAAAUCUUUAGUUCUACAAGUACAUGUACAAGGUAUACAGGCCUAGCUGAUAUCAGUGACAUACUACUGUAUAGAAUGGCCCUUGUUAUGCAGAGCAUUUCUGGCAGAUUAGGUCAGUUUUGUCCUGGGAUGUGACCUAUACCAGUUGACUAACACUGAGGUACCCAUUUUACUGAUGGGUGAACAGGAUAACAGGUGUAAAGAAACAUACCCAAUGUUUGCACCCUUGCCAGGAAUCGAACCCGGACCCUCAGCUUGUGAAGAGAGAGCUUUGCCUACCAGGCCACAAGCCACCUUAGAGUAAAAGUAAAAUGCUCAUACAGUACACUCACUGCUUACCUUAAAAUAUUUGUAGUCUUAAUGUAGGGUGAGAGGUGAGCAGUAUCUAUUGUAGGAAGUCAGGUGUGGUAGCCUGCCCAGCUACCACACCUAACAGUUAUGUUUAUUUGUUUUACAUAAAAGCCACAGCCCAGCUGACUGUAAGUACAAUUAUCAGAGUACGUAUAAAAUAUGCAGUAACUUUAAAAUGUUUGAGAGACAGAGCUCAUGGAGGAGCUUGUGGAUGCUGUAAUAGCGAAUCAGGAAGCAGUAUAAACAAAUUUUUGGCCAUAAUUUGAAUUGUCCAUAUUAGCGAAUUGCUGUAAAGUGGGGCCCUUCAUACUGUAUGUGCACACAUCAGUAAAAUAACCAUAUCAGGGAUAAAAACAGCUCUUAAGAAAGAAAAAGAAAUUAGGCCUGGCAGGUGCUCUUAUAGCAGGUCAGUUUUAAAUAGUCAUUUUUCUGUACUACAGGUAUUCCUCACUUAACGACCUACCUGGUUAACGACCACUCGGACUUACAACCAGCUCUCCGACCCAUGUUUAUUUAAUGCCUAGUUCUAUUUUUAAUAUACUAAAAAUGUUAUAAAUGGUGCAAAGGUGACAUUAAAGAUGAUUGACACAAACCCACUACUAGUCCAGUACGCAUGAAAUAUCAGCAAGGGACAGCUCCUUGCUUAACCCUUUCACUGUCAAGACCCCUGCUCGCAAGGGGAGGGUGGCUCUAGAACCUUACAUCAGGAGCCUUUCACUAGCAUCUAUAGGUACUUUAAUGGAAGGGAUUAUAGGUCACUUCACUUUUUUUUUUUCAUUAUAUUCAUUGGAAACAGCUAAACUUACAAGGGUCUUGUAGCAUGCCUAAUUUUUUUUUUUUUUUGUAUCCCAGAUGAGUUUAGUAGUUGCCCUUCCAUUUCAUCAUGUCCCCAUUCCAUGCUCUGUCUGCACGCAUUUCUUAUUCUAGCUUGUUUAACUAUAUUAUAGGUACCACCUUAUCAAAUGUCUCUCCAUCCAUAGUUUUCUUUCUAGACACUGUCAUUCAUCAUUGGGUAUUAUGCUGAUCUAGAGUAUUAUGGGUGUCUGCAGUUUAAAAUCUCUAUGCUGUCUAUAUUUCUUAAUCAUGGACUUACAGAUGCCUAUUGUCUCUUACCUUCUUUGCUUCUAUAGCCUUCAUGAUACAAAGACACGUAGAUUAUUAUGAGUGCUAAACCCAUAUGGGUCAUUUAGUGCACAAAUCUUAUAAAAGCAGCAUUUUUUUCACACACUAGUCAUCUUCCACCUGUAUAGGUUCAGCAUUACAUAGAAAUGAUGCUGCCAUGAGGGUAAAAUGUACAAAGGGUGGGUUCUUAUGCUAAAGAAAGUCAGUUAUAAUAAACCUUUGUUGAAGGUGGAGCUUUUCAAAGAGGGGCAAGGCAGAAUAAAGAUAUCGGGAAAUCUCAAGUAAAAAAGGCCUUCUACUUGCUCUGUUCAUCUAAGAGAAAAGCACCCAUUGACACUUUGUGAGAAUUGUAAGUUCUGAAAGAUUGUCCCACUCAGAAUGUGUAGACUUUUUUUUUAACUAUCUUUCAGUGCCCUAACAUGUUUAUUCUAUAUUAUAUAAUUAUUAUUAUAAUCAUGGGGAAGCACUAAACCCAUAGGAUUAUACAGUGCCUGUGGGAGUGGGGGGGAUGUAAGGUAUUCAGGCUUAAUUCAAGGAAUAGGAGCACAGAUCCAUGUUUACUUUAAUUUUCUUUCUGACAGCCAUAUUUUUAAUGCAUUCACUCUGAUUUCUCACAUGAAAAUGAUAUAUUGCAAUAAGCAAGAAAUGCAUGUUAAAAAUGUUAUAAAAGGUUCUCCUGUAUGUUGUUGGAAAUAUAAACACUUAAGCAGUAUAAUGUGAUCCUUUACCGACAAUGUUUCACUCAAGCAGUGCGCUUUAUCAAGUCACAAAUAGAUCUGUUUGUGACUUGAUAAAGCCCAUUGCGUAGGCGAAACGUUGUCAAUAAAAGAUCACAGUGUACUGCUUAAGUGUUUAUAUUUCCAUUGUGUCGGUAUUUUAUACCAUUUAUUUCUUUCCUGUAUGUUGUUGUUACAUAAACCAGAAAAGCUGUAAAACUAAAGUACAGUACCAUAAAAAAUUCAAAUUCCAUAAUGACUCUUCAAUGAAUCAAAAACAUUCUUAUGUACUUGGUAACCCAUUAUUGUUUACAUGUACUCUAUCCUCAAACAUUUUUCCACAAUGCUAGUGUGCUUCAUUAUGCACUAAGGUGCUGCUGUCUUCAUUCCCAUUCUCUCCCUCAAUGUUUUCUUUAAAAAAGUCAAGUCUUGUAUGAAAAAUCUUUAUUUAAGAUUCAUUGUAAAAAAUGGUAUAACUGAUUUCUAAUUUUAUUAAUGAUUUUCAAUAUAAUAAUAAUAAUACAUAAAACUGGGUAAAUUAACUGCCUUGUCAACUGUCAUAGUAUAAUAUUGAUCCAUGGAAGAUUCCUCUACAGUUCAAAUUAUCUGAACUAUCUGUAUUACCUUUAAAAAGACAGUAUGAAAUUACUUUUAAACAUGCAUACCUAUGGUCAGUUUUCAAUGUUAUUCUGUUCCUUGAGAUAAUGUUGAGGCCUGAACAUGACAAGUAGUUUAAAGAUUAUAAGCAAACAUUAGGGCACAUUAAAAAAGUGACUAAGGUCCCAGGACCAAAACAUUUUCUAUUAUAAUCAAGGGGUUAAAACAUUUCCUAAUACAGUGGACCCCCGCAUAACGAUUACCUCCGAAUGCGACCAAUUAUGUAAGUGUAUUUAUGUAAGUGCGUUUGUACGUGUAUGUUUGGGGGUCUGAAAUGGACUAAUCUACUUCAUAAUAUUUCUUAUGGGAACAAAUUCGGUCAGUACUGGCACCUGAACAUACUUCUGGAGUAAAAAAAUAUCGUUAACCGGGGGUCCACUGUAUGUCCUAAUGUUUGCUCAUGAGUUUUUAAACUACUACCUGAACAGCUCAACUGCUGCUGCCAGUGACACACACAAAAAUACCUUAUGGGCAAAAUUUUGGAGCAAGCCACUGAUGUUACUACUUAUAAGAAAAAAUAUAACCACAAAGUUAGUUGCAGGUAGAUAAACCUCAGCACAGAAUACUUUCAUAUUUAAUGACCAUAUUCCUUGGAAAGUGGAGCAGAAUUCUUCCUAUGGAAGUCAUAAGAGGUGACCAACAUGCCAGGAGCAAGGGGCUAGUAACACCUCCUGUAUACAUUAAUACUAAGAGAAACCUUUGUUUUUCUUUUUGGACCAACCUGCCUCGGUGGGAUAUGGGUGGUUUUCUGAAAGAUUCCUUGAAUUUGUUUUAAGAUCUACAAAUGUGUUUUACAGUUUUUUUAUGUUGUAAAUUAAUGCUCUAAAUCGCAUUUGAUUCUUCACCAAAGAGGAAUGUUUCACCAGAUAUGAACUAUUUACUUUUCUUUCAUUGAUAACUAUAGAGAAAUAAAUAAUAAAAAUCAACAAGCAAGCUGUUGCCAACAAAUUGCUGAAUUUUUGUAGUCACAAAUUUUUCCUUAAUGAUAAAGCCUUAAUGCAACUCAUAAAUUAAUAAUAAAUAUAGAAAACACACAAAAAAAUUUAAUAUAUUUUUAUGUACCCAAGGACUAAAGAGAUGGCCUUCGUAACCAGUUCUUGGUUCACAAUGACACAUCAACUGAACCUACAUAACACCACAAUUUUACCCAUACCAAAGAAAAAAAAAACCCUCACUUCAUAAAUUAUGAA